UUGUUUCUUUCGAAUUGUAUGGGCUGUAGAAUUUGAUCCUGGUGGUCAUGUGAUUUUGAUCAGCCUAGUUAGCUAACUGAUGAAAGUCAACAUUUCAUUCUGUAGUAGGUACAUUUGUCGACUUUGCACAAUAAGAGUUAGACUAUAACUUAUAAUAAUGCUGUUGGUGUUAUCUGACGAACAUAAGGAGCACCUGGGGUUUCUGCCAGAGGUGGACUCUGCGGUGGUUGGUGAAUUUGGACGAAUAGCGGUUGAGUUCCUUCGAAAGGGAACAAACCCUAAGAUCUAUGAGGGGGCUGCCAGAAAGCUGAGUGUUGACGCAGAGACCAUACAGCAUGGUGUGGAGGGACUCAUGUACCUGCUCACCGAGAGCUCCAAACUCAUGAUCUCUGAAGUGGACUUUCAGGACUCAGUGCUGGUGCUCGGCUUCACCGAGGAGCUGAACCAGCUGCUGCUGCAGCUCUACCUGGAAAACAGGAAGGAGAUCCGACACAUCCUCAGUGAACUCACUACCUCACUGCCACACUACCACAACCUGGAGUGGAGGCUGGACGUGCAGCUGGCCAGUCGUGCCCUCCGGCAGCAGGUUAAGCCUACAGUGACUAUGAAGCUGCACCUGGAGGAGAGUGGAGGAGAUAAGAGCGCUAAGGUACUACAGACUGACCCUGCCACCCUGAUGCACCUCAUCCAGGAGCUGGAGAAAGCCCUAGCUGAGCUCAAGACCACCCAUUGCCGCAGGAUCCUACGCAACAUCAAAUAGGGUCCCCCGACUGACACAACUAUUGUCGGUUAUUGAACUGGGACAUCACUGAUCUGGACACGUGCAACAUCAAAUAGAGUCCUUUGGACACACAUUCCUGUGCAACAUCAAACAGGGUUCUAUUCCUUGACCCCGGAACCCUAUGUAAGAGCAAAUGGGGUCCCCUCUGACAUUAAAUUAUUUCUCAACUUUGAAUUGAGCACUGCCAGCAGAGGGCGCUACAGCUUCCCCUGCAUCAGGAAUAGCAGGGAUAGGAGAUGGGCCGCUAUCACAUAGGAUAAAAAUUUGUUGCCUGAAGUGCUUAUGUCUCCUUGUCUCCUUUUUUACUUUAUCUGUUUGGAUCAAGACCCGUAGCCACAGUCUCUCAGAGUAGGAGGGCUAAUCUAGGAUCAGUUUAGCCUUUUUAGAUCAUAAUGAAUCAGAUUUAUAUGGACAGAUCCUAGAUCAGCUGUCACCUACUCGGAGACGCUUUGUGGACACAGGCCCUGAGAGAGCUGAUCAGGAUGAGUGAAAUAAAAAUGUCAGAGGCCACCUGGGGUAUGAUAUCACCUGUGCCAUUUUAUUCCGAUCAGGAAGGGAGACGAGGAGAUGAGGCCACACACUAAGGUGUUGAGAUGUAACGGCACUGCAAUUCUAAUUCACUUAGCUAAUGGCUAUCACAAUAACCAGAUCAGAAUUAGGUGGGAGGGUAUUUUGGGCAUUUCUAAUGUGGUAUGUUGAGGUUAACUGAAUGAUAUUUUCUAAACUUGUGGAGAAACAGCACUUGGCAAAAGCCCUCAGUCGUAAUUAUACAGUGCUUUUUGCAUUCAUCAUCUUUUGAUCAUUGAAUUUGCUCACCUUCAAAUGUAAAAGUAUUAAUUGUAUUUUAUAUAUCACGUUUUUGUGCUAACAUUUUUUUUUUGGGGGGGGGUAGCCUUGAUUCUCUUCACGGACCAAUUGACCCUUUGCUAAGCCCUGCCCCAGAAUUCUGGGCAACCAAUCGCAUCGAUCCAAUGGAUAGCAACUGUCGUCAUGUCCGACUCGGACAAGCUCCCGUUUAAAUCACAUAAAAUCCAAUGAGGACUAUGAAAUCCAGUGAGGACUAUGGCAAAAACAGUUUUCUUUAAAAACAACAUUUAGCCUAAAUGGCUAAAUAACUGAACAGUGCAGCAGGAGUACUUCCUGAACUUCCUGAAAUGCAGAGCCUGUUGUUGGGAGUAUUUUUCAAAUCUGAAAUUAUACUUUUGUUACAUUGUUUGCUAGCUCAGCUGGGUAGCAAGCUCUGUCUCAUUGGUCACCAAAAUGUUGCUGAUGCUAGCUAGCUACUUAAUAUAACUUGUUUUCUCAAUGUAUGUUAGCUAGCUAAGUUAGCAAUGUUAUGAAUACAACUCCUAUCUGGUAUCGACAUCAGGAUAUGAUUGAUUUGAAAGCGCUAGUUGGCUCCAAAGGGGGUUAUAGUUUUUGACUGCAUGCUGACAGUGAAUUCAGAGCCUUUCAGUGGCUAGCUGCACUACAAACACAAUUUUAUCAGGAUCCCAGGAAGCAAUUGUAAUGAUAGUCCACUACAACAUAUCCAAGAGUUUCCUGAUUAGCAAAGGUUUAUUUUCAUUAUGUAUUAGAAAACAAAGUUUGAGAUCGUUGUGAGGGGAUGUCGCCAGUGGUUCAAUUGGGCAGCACUGGAAAAUGUUUUCCGACUUUGCAACAGGAACCAAGGAGGGGGUCGGGCGGUAGCGAAGGGUCAAUUAUGGAGGAAGAUGAGGAGACGUGAGAGAACACUGCGCUGUAUAAUGUAGAGGAUGCAGAAUGUGUUCUUUCUUGUUAUACAUCAAUUGUUAAUUUUUUUGUUUUGUUUUACUUCUGCAUGGCUGACAAAUGUAUUCAUCCAAGAUUUCUGAUGAUUUGUUUUGAAUGGCUGAAUGUUACUUUGAAUUUUAUAAAGCAAAGAAGUUAAAAUGUU